GUUCAGUGUUAGUGACAUACCCAAAAAAUAAAGAUAUGUUACAGGCAAUACAGAGGUGAUGAAAGAUAAUCAGAAUACUUAAGAGUCAAAAGCUUUGCACCCGAACCUAGAUCAUCAAGGUUAGCAUCACCAUAUGAAGACCGCGCUUUGGCAGAUCCACCAGGUGAAUGCAGACUCACUUGCGAUCAAGAAGAUGACAAAGGACAUCUGCAAAUUAGUUUCAACGAGAAGACACAACUUUUUGGGGUAUUCAACAAAAUAGAUGAAGUAGCACUUUUCAUCGACAUAAAUGAAAAUUUGCUAGGAAUUUUAGAUGGAUCGACUGGAAAUAUGUUUAUAUUAGAUCUGAAAUCCCCAAAUGGUACUGGUGUAUACAUAUAUGGAGGCGCGGCAAAAUUCAACAGCAUUAGCUUUCAGUCGACAUUUGAGACCUUCUCGAACUUGACGUCACUCAAAGUAUUCCUGGAUCCGAAAAUUGGAAAAACGUUCACGUUUUCCGAUAUAUCAGGCGAUCUCUCGAAUAUACUUAUCGAAUCAUUGAUCAGUUUAUCAGAUAAGUUCGGACUUGGAAUUCAAGGCAAUAUCAAGGCUUCAUUGACCCUCCUUGUCAAAAUAAGUCUUUCCAUUUCGACGUUGAUCAAAGGUUCUUUGAAAGGUUUCUUAGAUGCCAGUGGAAAAGGCCUGAUUAAGCUGCAUGGAGACUUUGUUUGGUUAGGUGGAGUUCUCGAAGGACUCGGAGUAUUGUUCGGCAAUAUCAAUGGUGGUUUAGCCACACUCAUCGCAGCUAAAGUUAAAUUCGAUUUAUCCUUGAUAUUCGGGUCAAGAAACGGGCUGGAACUCUUCAUCAACAUCCUUUUCCCAAUUGCCGCGAAAGGCAAAAUAACUCUCCUCGCUGGUCUUCUCAACUGUACCGAUAAACUUCUUGCUCUUAUUGUCCAACUUGGAGGUAACGUUUCGACCGGAGUUACUGGAGUCUUCAAAAUUAUUUUAUACAUCAAUGUCCUCAUUCGCGGGGAAAUCGAAUUCAAAGUGUUCUUAAAGACCCUCUUGGAAUUUGCUGCCUCUAGAACUUCCCAGAAGAGCAUACAUUUACAGAUUUAUAUCGAUGCUCUUACGAAACUAGUAGAUAUUUCGAAAGCAUCCUCUUCGAAAGAAUUGACGGAAUUCGUCACUUGGGUGAACAAUUUGCAGGCGGGAAAACUCUUCAAAGGCAAGCUCAAUAUUUCAGAAAUCAUCGUAAUCUUGGUGAGCGGAUCAGUAACAAAUGCCCUGGUACUGGUCAUUUCGGUUCUUCUGAAGCUGAAAGUGAUCGUGGGAUUCGGAAUAGCAGUGACAAUUCCCGCUCUACUCUUCUACCUAGUUCUACAACUGAUAAGCCCUCAUGGUCUAUCUCUCCUGAAAAGUUUGGGCAUUGAAAUCAAAGAAUAUAUAACCCCCGGUGACGUCAUUUCAGGAUUAACGAAAGGAAACAAUAUUCAAUCCAUCUUGAGCAUCCUUGGAGGACGCUUCGACGUAGAAAAACUAGGGCGAGUAUUCCCACCUUUUGGACAAAUUUAUCACAGCGUGUCUGUAGCUCUUCGCACAUCGAGUAACGGGUCUUAUGAUCUGUCAACUCUCGUCAAAUCUUCCUCGGUGCAAAAUGACCUUUCGGUAAUAAUUAAAGGGAUAGUGGAUUUGGCUCUAACUACAAACGAGAAGUAAGCAUCAAACCUUCUGGCGGAUUUACCGGCGGAAUUAUCGGCGGAAUUAUUGAUGGAAUAUUUGGAGGCGAGGGUAAAGGUAGUGCAGGAGGUUCAGGAAAUGCUGGAGGUUCGGGAAAUGCAACACUUUUUUAGAUUUCUGAGCCCCUCCCUUCAUGUAACGCGCCGUACUAAACUACCGGCAAGUCGCUAAUAUACCUUUGUUAUUAUGUUAUUAUUAUUAAGUUGUUUUAAUCGCGUUUGCUAUAAUGAUAAAUGAAACAAGAUAUUUUAAACUAUACGCAAUGAGUAAUUUGUUUGUUUUAUUUGACAAUCACAUAUAAUGUUAUGAACAUUUACUUGAGUAUGUUAAAAUUAGCUCAACUAAUGAAC